CCGUUUGUUGUCCAAUCAAGAUAUAGAGCAGAAGACAAAGUUCUUUUCCAAAAUCAUUUCGAUUCGCAUAGACGACGAGGAAGAUAUAUGUACAUAUUUAUGAUGAGUUUUAUAUAUUUAAAGGGUUGAAAAUUGAGUUACGAAAAAAAAAAAAAAAAAAAAAGGGUUGAAAAUUGAAAUUAAUGAGGCCGUCUCCGUCAUCAUCCUCCAGACUUGGGAAUACAGUCCUGAAUAAAUAAAUAAAUAAACAUUCCUUUACACAGAGUCCAGUCCAUCCAGAUAUCCCGAAAAGUAGUCACCCAAAUUUACCCAACCCAACCCCGUUGGAGUUGAGAAAGAACACGUUCACAACAACAACUAAUACAAGUAGAUCAAUGAAUUCACAACCUAUCUAAACCCAACCCCAGAACAAAAACUAUGUGACUUGUACUUGCAUGCUCCGGAUUACGCAAACGCAUCCUUUUCACUUCAAUUCGCUUCCGUCUUGUCUUCACCUCCAAAAUACUCUAUAGCUAUUCUCUACCCUAUAGGCUCUCACUGCCAUCCUCAUUUAAUGCAGCCGCUGCUGGAGUCAGUAUAGUUUCAUGGUGGGUUCAAUACUGUGCAUUUACUGCUUAUACUUAUCACAUCAAGUGCUCUUCCUCUUCAUGGGAAAAAGAAAAAGAAAAAUGUGGUUAAUUUGAAGCCAUGAUUUUGCACGGCAGGGAGGAGAAUGGAGGAGGAACCAUCAAAUCUCCCAGUUUCGUUAUGGGGCCGGGUUUCUGCCUUUGAGGCGAGGGCUAGGGAAGCAUACAAAAGAAAGCCAAUCUCACAUUGGAUUCUUCUUGUUCUAAGCAGUGCGGCAAUGCUCGUAGCGUUCCCUGCAUCAAGCCUUCUGUCUCGUGUCUAUUAUGCCAAUGGUGGCACUAGCAAGUGGAUCAUUUCAUGGGUGGCAGUUGCAGGGUGGCCUCUGACUGCUUUGAUCUUGUUCCCUACAUACUUGGUCUGCAAAACCUCUCCUACUCCCCUCACUUUAAAACUUACUUUUUCUUAUAUUGUGCUUGGUCUCUUAAGUGCUGCUGACAACCUCAUGUAUGCUUAUGCAUAUGCUUACCUCCCAGCAUCUACUGCUUCUCUUCUCGCAUCAUCAUCUCUAGUAUUUUCUGCAUUGUUUGGAUAUCUACUUGUGAAGAACAAGCUAAACGCCGCAAUAGUAAACGCUGUUGUUGUCAUUACUGCUGCUAUGACCAUCAUUGCUUUGGAUUCAGAUUCAGACAGAUAUGGAAAUGUCACUGAUAAGCAAUACAUUUGGGGUUUUAUAUGGGAUAUUUUAGGGUCUGCUCUCCACGGACUCAUAUUUGCUCUUUCGGAGCUAGUUUUCGUGAAGCUAGUUGGUAGAAGGUCCUUCCAUGUUGUGUUGGAGCAGCAAGUGAUGGUCUCUUUGUUUGCGUUUGUAUUUACCACGAUUGGAGUAAUUGUGAACAACGAUUUUCAGAGAAUGAAAUAUGAGGCCAGAAGUUUCGAGGGUGGUAAAUCUUCUUAUUACCUUGUUCUCAUUUGGAGCACCAUCAGUUUCCAGUUGGGGGUAUUAGGGAGUGUUGCUGUGCUUUUUUUGUCGUCCACUGUUCUUGCGGGUGUCCUGAAUGCAAUAAGGGUACCCCUCACAAGCAUUGCGGCGGUCAUUUUGUUAAAAGACCCAAUGAGCGGCUUGAAGAUCCUCUCUCUGGUCGUCACAUUUUGGGGCUUUGGCUGCUACAUCUAUGGCAGUUCCUCGUCAAGUAAAGAUUCCUCGUGAUAUUUUCUUGUCUGCUUUCUCUUUGUUUUCAAUCUUUUGGGGUUAUGUGUUUCGUUUAUCAUAUCUUAUUAUUAUACUGGAGCUCUUCGUUGUCAAGACAUUUUUCUUCCCCAAGAUAUCAAGAUGUAUUAUAAGCAAGAUAUAUGUAAUAUUUGUUCUAUUUCAAAGGAAAGAGCUGCAAUUCCCAAGUGCA